GUCACUUCCGGCUCGAUUGCCAAAGCGCUGGGCCGCAGGCAGAGAGACAGGAGACCUGGCCAGAGAUGGACGUGACGGGGCAAGACAGCGACUGGCGGAGCUUGGCCUUCAGACAGAAGCUGGUCAGCCAGAUGUAAGUGCGGCUGCUGUUAAAGGGCCAGGCGGCAGGAGGGGGGUGUGGGUGUCUCGGACAGGCCCCGGACCUGGCACCUCCUGGACGGCGGGCGCGCGGGAGGCUGCUCUCCGCUGGCGGAAAUGCUUUGUGCGGCGCGAGGCUGCUGGAGAGCGGCAUGCCACAGAGGGGAUAUUCGCCCAGUUUAAAUAAACUUUAUUAGUAUAUUAACCGCGAGCACGCCCGUCCUGGGGGUUGUUUUCCCUCUGUCGCCUAUUAUCCUGUAAUUAGUAUUUAUAAUUAAAGGGCGACCAGAGGGCUUAUGGAGAUCAUAUUCUACUGAACUUUAAAAAAUUUUUUUUAUUAAAGUCUAGAUUUCCAAGUGUUAAUUAUUUUCUUUGUAAUAGUUCCUGUACACUGAUCCAGAGCAGGGGUUACUGAUAGUUUCUAAGUGGAUGUGUAUAUACUGUAUCAGAUAAAGUUGCCAACACGUUGGGAUGUUGUCCCUUCCCAGGCAGAGAAAUAACCAGAUUUAAGUAAAAAGCAUCAUUUUGUAUUUAUUUGUACGCCUGACUCACUUUGUUUCUGGAUGUUUGUUGGGUUUAAAAGGAAAUGUUUCAAGGUCAGGGUCAAAAUCUAGAGCCCCACAGUUUUACAACUCCUGAGAUUAGACGGCCUUAAAGUAAAACUAAAGGCACCCAGACCACUUCAUCUCAAUAUGUGCUCCACAAGCAGGGGGUAUGCCAGGAACUGGCCGUCUCGCCACCUUAGUGCCCCCUAGGAGGCGGUUAGCUGGACCUAAGGCAGGGUAGGCUCCUGCUUGCUCAUACAGUAGGAGCCUACUCUACUCGAAUGUGCCGUGUCUGGAGGGGAGACAGGAGGUGAGGGAGGGCUGAUAUCUGCAUUGCUCCCUUACGUCCUGCGGUGAUGCCGGGAACGGGUUAUGAUGUCACUGGCCCCAGCAUCACUAAAGAGUGCAGUUCUAGAAGAGCAUAAAGAUGACAGCAGGCGCACUGAACCCCAGGGAGAGGAUCCACUCCAGCUCUCCCAAAGGUAGGGAGGCUGAGUGGACUUAAAAUAAUUUGCAAGAGAAAGUGUAUCUGUCAGUGUGUUUCAAACCAGUGAGAGUGUGUCUCUCAAUGAAUCUGUGUGUCAAAUCAUGGCUUCACUCAGGAGAGUUAACUGAAGCUGCUAAGCAAAACCUCCUGGUGUGAAGUAGUGAAGGUGGGGAGGAGCGCUUGAUCAUUACUUUAUGUGAGACAGUCACUUCUCAGUAGCCCAAUCCAUCUGUCAUAGAGAAUCAUUGCAGACCUAUGCCGCGUGCGUAAGACUUUUUCCACUAAUCCAGUGAAGCAUUGAUUCUCUCACCCCCACAAAAUGUGUAUUUCAUAAAGAUAUAAUCUUUAUUAAAAUACUCAUAGUGACUGGAUUGGAAUUUCACCGAGAUUCCAAUUCAGUCAAAAGCAUAUACUGAGACAGAGUAUGGGGCUACUUUGUCUCAGUAUUUUUCCUGUGCCUGAUACUUGACACUGGGUGGAACUACUGCCGUCAAUAAGUGUGAAUCCCCCAGCCAUCAUCAGUGAUGGUUGCAGGGAAAUUAGCUGUAUCUAUAAAGGGUCUUUCGGGAUCCUCCUUAGAUCUCUAUGCUGUACUCUCACGCGUGAGAGCACAGCAGUGACGUCUGCUCCUAGCGGUGGAGCACCAGGAGCAGAAGUGGACCAAUCCGCCUUAAGUGGCCACGCCCACGAGUUACAGGUUCAGGUAAGUAUAACUAACCUAUCCCUGCUCCCUCCGGAGCCCCAGCUUCAAUAUCACUGACAGGGGUCUUUGCAAAUCAUGCAAAGUCCCCAAACAGUGACAGUGCUGCUUGAAGAAGUAAGUGCAUUUAGUGGCUAUUUUGAUAGCCACUAGAGGCAUGUUAUCAGCCAAAUGUAAACAUUGGUGGAGAACUGAUGUGACCUGAAAAUUAAAGGCCAAAAUAACCAAACUUAAAAAUAAUUUAAUUUAAAGAAUGCCUGUACUAAAAAAAAAAAAACAUGUUAAAUCAUUAAAUUCUAAUGGCAUAACCAUCUAUACAUUGUGCUAACGAUUUUGCUAGCAAAUGUAUAAAUCUGCCAGAAUUUAAUGUUUGAAUAUUUGCUCCCUUCUCUCUAUAGCAGACAGACUAUCAGCAUUUAGGCACUGCCGAUGUCUGUAUGCAUACAGCUCGCCUACUACCUUUCCAUCCUCGUAGCUUCAGCGUUGCGACCAUACAUGUGUUCUGCAAGUGUCCCCAUCUGCUUGUGACACCACUGCCAACUAUACUGAAGAUCAGAAAGUUCACUUUAACUAUUUUCACAGCUUGCCUAUUUUGGCAAGAAAUAACAAACCUAUGAUUGGGAGCUAAAAGUUUAUUUGAUUCACGGUCUCAAGAUCGUUAAUCUGUUAGUCUAUAUCCCUGUAGAGGGCAUAACAAAACAGGCAGUUAGUGUGUCAUUGUUAUUUGGAUGCUUCAACUGUACAGUCCCCCUGGGUUAAAGAUAUUCUGCUCAGAACAUGCCAAAUAAGUAGGACCGUAGUAACAUAAAAAUAUGAAUUAGUGCAAUAAAGCCCAGGUGGAGGGUGGAAGGUAAUUAAAGUGCUGCGAUUACUAUUUUGCAGUCCUUUGGGAAUGAAUUGUGACACACUGUGGCAAAAUUUCCAUCACUGAAUAACAUACAAUAUUUAUAUGUAAACAAGAUAAAGCAUGCAUAGUAAAGGGGAGAAUGAGAGUUAAAAUAAAGAAUUAGUGGGAACAGUGAUAGGAUGAAGAACUGAGUGUUAUUGAGAUGUAACUAUGGGUAGCAGUACUGGAAAAUGGGGCGAUGGACAUGAUAAAGGAAUAAGAUGAAGAGAGAUGUUGAAUGGAAAUUGUCAAGAGGAGGGACAUUCUGAAAACUAGAACCAGGUGCUUGAAGGCACUGAGCCUGAAAUGUAGAUAGCUGUGUCUGCAUAGCUCCAGGGCUGGGUAGAUGUUAUGAUGGGGUCAUUCAACAGAAUCUGAGACACAUCUUCUUUAAAGGGACACUCCAGUGCCCCAAAAAAACAAUGUUUAGUAGGUAUGCACCCAAUGAAAACAUGUAUUCCUUUAAUUACACAUUUCUUUUCCUUGGGGGUAUAGCUAAAAACAAAUUGCAAAAGCUGCAGCCUUUGGCAUCUCCUCCUUUCUUCAGCAGCUCAGAUUUUCUAUAGUUGUGCAGUCACAGACUUCCCAAUUCAGCUCAAUGAGAAGUCUUUGCAAGGCAAGUGCUCUGGGCGAUUGCUGCCUCUUGAGUUUAGCUCCACUGAGAUAAACAACCAGGAAGUAACAGGACCUGUUGUCUGAUUGACAACCCGGAGAGUGUAACAAGGUUAAUUUAUAAAAAAUGUCAAUUUAUUUUGAAAUCUGAACUUUUUGUAAAAAAAAAAAAAAGUCAGUCUUCACACAAAUCAUAUAGACAAGCUAAAGUGCUUUUGGGUUCUGGAGUGUUCCUUUAAGUAUUUCACACUAUUCUCUCCAAAUUUCAACACCCCAGUUCUCAAGCACCAUUUCUGAAGUAGCCUUUUAACUCAACCCAUGGAAACCCACCUUAUUACCUGUUUGCUCCCUUAACAUUUCAUUCAUGCAUCCUAUAAUCUGGAUGUGACCAGAUAGGUUUCAGCGUGGUGAUAUGCUGUAUAGAAGUCUGAUAGAAAUGCUAUGUUUCCUGUUAUCCCUUGCCUCUGCUUCACAUUGAUUGACUUACUGCUGGUGAGCAUCAUCCGGAUUAGAUCAUUUGUACACUUUUAAAUUUUUUUUUAAUAAGUAUAGAUUGUUUUUGUAUGUUAUGUUUUAUUUUUUUAUUAAUAUUUAGUGAAAUCUUUUAUUCAGAAAAUGAAGAAGCAAGGGCCAUGACUGAUACUGUGUGACAGUAUACUUAAAGUAUAUAAAUGUUUUUGCUGUUUGGAAGUUCCUCUCCUCUCUCUCUCCUAAUAAUUAUUAGAAGUAAUUGGGGUAUGAGAUCGAGUGGAUUUCAUAGGGUCAUUCAUUAUAAUGGUAGAGGUUCCUUGGUUUUUUUUUUAGAUAUAUGGCACAUGGAUGGAGGAUUCUUUAAUUUUUUAUGAGCAGAGGAUUUAUCAUCUUUUGGUCUAACCAACGUUAGGCUGUGGCUGGAAUACUUGGCAUCACCUUUUCCUGUUUAAUUUGAGAGUCAUACACUUUCAAGCUGUUAAAGUGUGUAGAACACUUUUCAGUAAAUAAUGACUUCAUUUUUUAUAAAACAGAACAUGUGUUUGUAGCUUCAGGAAGAAAUCACCCUUUAGAAUGUGAAAAAAAAAAAAACUAUAUCCACAAACUAGCAAGCGUAAAAAAGCAAAGGGAAUGGUUUUAAAUGAACUAAGUUGAUUCUUUUUGUGACCUCAGCUUGCAGUUGUACCUGCAGAUUUUAUUGUCCAAACAUGUUAAGUGAUGCCAAUCUAAUUAUGGAUGAAGACAUCAAGAAAAUCCUACCACAAACAGUUGUAGAGCUUUCCGCCAAUAAUAUCCGUAUGUUCUGGAAAGAAGGUGCAAUAGAAAAAAAACAAAACACCUUAUAGUGUACUAUUUAUUAAGAUUGCAGGAACAUAAACAAAAGUCAGAACUUAUUCCCCACUGAAGGUAAGGUACUCGCACAGGAACUGGCAUAAGAAUAUAUUGAGGUUACAAUUCCUUUCUGUACACCUUUUGUAUUCCAGCAGCGUCUGUCUGUCGUGGCUCACAGCAGUGUAUGCCAGCAAAGUCCCACAAGUAGAAUGCUGCAAUUACGGAGUCACGGCAGAUCCACAAAUGUUAUUCGCGGCAGUGUGCCAAAGCCUGUGCAUUUUGUAGGACUGCAAUUACUUCCUCAGGGCACGGGAAGCUCUGGCGAUAUACAGCCAUUUAUUCACUUCCUAGUGGCCAUAGUAGUCAAUGAAUCCUUCCUCUAAUCCAUAAAUGAGAAUGAAAGUAUUCUCUCUCUCGGCCACCGUCGGUUUCUUAGCUUCACAGUACUGAGAUACAUAGAUUCAUAAUGUAUACAGUCCUUACAGAUCAGAAUUUUUAUACAUUGUAUCCAGUAUAAUAGUCUUAAUUUCAUACUUAUUACUGCUCAUCAUAUGAUUAAAAAUUCAUAGGCUUGCGUUUAGGAACCAGUGGACACAUGUUACGUGAUUUUCUUCCACACCUGUAGAUCCCUUUAAGUAGUGGUAGAUGUGUUAUAUUUUCCUGCUUUCAGGUAUUUUUUUAUUUUUUGUUUUUGUUUUUGAAACCAUACCUGGAGCCACAAAUUUUUUUAUUUUAUUUUUUCUUGUUUUUUUUUUUAAUACUAUUUUAGUGAUGCCAUUCACAAUUCCUAUUAGUUUAUCUUGGGCUAUUACAGCCAGCAUACUUUUCAUCUAUUCCCUACUGCAUUAUAUAUUGUUACAAAAAUGGGCAUCACACCCCUUUCACUUACUCUUUUGGACUCUCUUUGUAUGUUAUUUUUUUAGUUAUCUUUUAUUAGGUUUGUUUUGUUAGUAAUUUUACAUAUAUAUGGCAUGUUCAUGACUAUUGUCAUGCUGUUUUCUUUUUCAGAGAUGAAGCAAUGCGCAAAGCAGGAGUUGCCCAUAAUAAGUCUAGCAAGGAUAUGGAAUCUCAUGUUUUUCUAAAAGCCAAAACACGUGUAAGUAUUGCACACUCCUUAUUUUACUGCAUGUCGGUAGACAUACCCAGCCUUCUUCAGUUACAGCACUAUUGUUAACAUGCAUAGAUGGAUCCAUUUAAUCAUAGUCUCAGAAUAAGUCCAUUUGAUCAUCAAUCUUUGCUCUGAUUUGCAGGAAGAAUACUUGUCUUUGGUAGCCCGACUUAUUAUCCACUUCAGGGACAUACGUAAGUAUCUUCUGCUUUGGUUUUAUUAACUUUACACUCAAGUUGAUAAAUUUAAAUUGUACAAAAUUAUAAGUAUGUUCUGUACUUCGUAGAAUCUCUUGUGACUAGAUCUGACAUAUUAAAGUUACACAUUAAACUAUUGGGCUCACUAACUGAUAUAAAUAUGAAGCAAUGCUCUAAAUUCAACUCCAUAUGACAAACUACAAUGUCUUGGAAACACCAAAGACUAGUUGUAGAAGUAUUGUCCAAGGGAUAAGGUGACUUUAUAUUAUCCAAAUGUAUAUUAAAUAUUGAGAUCUGGUGCUUUACUAUCCCCGUCCUGCUUAUUUAAUUCACCAACAUAUAGUUGUAAGUUGUAUCAGAAACUCCUUCUACAUGUAAUGCACCUGCCAAAUUAGCUAGAAUAAGUUACAAUAUUGAUUGAGCUCAUUACAUCAGGAGUUAUUGUUUUAAGUGAAUUUUUGGGGUUUCUUUUUCAGAUAACAAGAAGACUCAGGCAUCUGUAAGCGGUAAGUAGCUUAAUGUCUCACUAAUUGGCAGACAUUUUUUUCCUUUCCUUUGCUUUCCUUUACUUUCCUUUUCUUUUUUUGUCACUUGGAUUUCGGUGACUUUCUUUUCUCCUCUCUCUAUAAGACCCUAUGAAUGCUCUCCAAAACUUGACAGGUGCACCCCCUGUUGGUCCACAAGGAAUGAGUAUGGGUGUUCGCCCACCUGGAGCGCAAAUUGGAGGCAUUGGUGGAAUGGCCCAGAUGGCACAACAGAUGAGCCUACCGGGACAGUCACAGCCUGGUAACUCAGGGAUGGCCGGACAUGGGAUAACGGUGUCUGGUACAAAUCAACCAAGUAAGUAACGGUUUCCUUCACAAUGGUUACAAUAGGCUCAUUAGUUUAAAUUUGAGGUGGCACAUCGAUCUGGUGAUACUUCAGGGGCUAGUAGGGUUCCAGGACACACAUAGGGCCAAGAUGUCAGUCCAUGACCAAUUGAGGAAAGAAAGAUUGCUGAUACUCCACACAAUGACAAAGUCCUACCCCUACAGGUCACUAUGUGUUUUGUAGAAAUAUUUGACUUUUUAGAAACAAGUAUAAAAUAGUUAACCCUGGUAAACUGUGCUGUAGAUCAAUCUGGUUCAACAAAACCAGACAAUCUGAGAACGGGCAAAAGCUUAGAGAAUCUCACUAACUUGCCCUUUGGUUAGUCCCCACUCAUGUCUCAAAAAUGCUUUGGCUCACUUGUGCCAUUACAGAGAGCAUCUAUUCCAUUUGCAUAUCAGACUAAUCCCACCCAUAAAGAAGUUCAGACCUGAAAUGCUAGCAAGUUCUCCUUGCAUGAGAGAUACAGCAACCCCAGAUGAUCGCUUAUGCAGUUUUUGGGCUUCGUCAGUGAGGUGUAGAUGAUAAUUCUCUCUAGGAACAGUGAGCACAAAUCCCACUUCUGGAUUACCCUGGGGAGAGCCCAAGUCAAUGCAUUGCAACAAAAAUGGAGAGUAUGAGAAUUCUGACAUCAAUUUGGUGGACUGAGCACUCCUUGGUGGUCUUGGGAGAAAACACUGUACAUGUAAUAGUGGUGUGCAUGGCCAGUUUAACACAGGUGUUUUUGGAGUUAAAACUUUAGGCCCAAGGUUUUUUUGGUUUUUUUUUCUUCAUCGCUGAUGUGUUUGAAAUGCUGUGUGCUAUAAUCAAGAUGUUUGGCCAGAGAGGCACAUAUAUAUAUUCUUUUGCCUCGCUGAGUAUUUUGGCGAACACAUCCACAAAAACUUAAGUGCCAAUGGUAGCUUUGGCACAGUAUAUACUAGUCAGUAUCUGAUUUGUGGCCUGAAAUUUUAGUUUCAUAGAAACAUGAGGGAAUAGUUUUAAAUAAGGCUGCAAAAUCUAAUUGCAGAUAGAGGCUAGAUCAGAAACAAGAAUUCAGAUUUUCUAUUUAGGCCCAGUGUAAUUUUUCAGCUCUAGACUCAUGAAUCUCCUGAACCAGUAUUUUUUACUAUUCAGCUGUACUUCUCAUGGUACACGCAACUUAGUCUUAAAGAGCAUUACAUCUCAUCUCUGCAUUGUGCUAGCAAAUGUAGAUUUGUAUUUAAUGCCCUUUAAUAUUUUAGUCCACCUGGUAGUUGAAUUAUCUGCAUUAGAUGUGUAAUGCCAAGGGGUGAUGGUUCAGUUUCUCCCUGUACCUGUGUUACUCCCCAAGUGCUUGUGGAUGAACUGACGCAGAUGUGCUGGCAAUAAAGACCAGCAUGGAGAAUGUCCCUGCUUUGGGAGAGGGCGGCAAUAGAGGGUGGGUGUUACAGGACUGUAAUACCCACAGGCCUCUGAGAAUGGCGGGCCUUCACUGAGGGCACUGCAGGUAGGUAAUGCUAUAGUAGCUCCCAAAGCAACAAAAUACAUUGUUUUAGUUAUUUGAGAGUGGUUAUAGUAUUCAGUGAACAUGGAGUGCCACGCAUAGGCGGCUCUUUAAUUAGGUGGUUUAGGUGGCCACCUAAAGCCUUGUGUUGCCUGGGGCCUCGUGGCCUCCUAAACCGCCAUUGGACAGAUUGCGUCUGGUCCACCCGACACUAGGAGGGGACCCAGCGGCUUGUUCGAAAUGCCACCGGGUGCGAGGCCCCUCCGUGCCAUCUGCCCGGGAGGAGAGCGCCCGUGGCCACUGGUCUGCAGCUCUGCAGUUUGCAGAGCUGCAGACCAUGUGUCUCGCGAGAUCUGGCCAAUCAGAGCAUUGUUGCAGGUUACCAUGGCAACACUCUGACUGAGUCUCGCGAGACACAUGGUCUGCAGCUCUGCACACUGGAAAUCACUGCCGGAUCACCAGGGCAUGAAGGACACUGGACCACCAGGGAAUGAUGGUAUUCAAUCUCACCCCCCUCCCACCAUUACCUUUUCCCUCCCAGUAUCCCCCCUCAGCAUCACACCCCUCUCAGUGUACCCCCUCCCUCACACCAUCACCCCCUCCCUUGCAGUAUCCCCACUCAGUAUCCCCCCUCAUUAUCACCCCUCUCCCAGUAUACUUCCUCCCUCCCAGUAGCCCCUUCACUAACGCCCCCUCAGAGUAUACCCACUCCUACCAGUAUCCUCCUCACACUCUCACUAUCCCUCUCCCAGUAUACUCCCUCUCUCACACUACCAACCCCCCCUCCGUCCCAAUAUUCCCCAGUCUUUCCCAGUAUUCACCCCUCACAGUAAUAACCCCCUCCUUUUCACUAUCACCCCACUCCCUCCCAGUAUACCUCCUCUCUCAUACUAUCACCCCCUUCCUAUCAGUAUUAUCUAAUCCUGCCACACUCACCCUGUCACAUUAACACCGCUUAAUCCUGUCACACUACCUCCCCCAACCAUGCCACAUUCACCCUUCACCGCAAAACUGUGAUGCGCACCCCACCCCAACUAUGCCACACUUACACUGUCACAUUAACCCCUCCAAUCCUGUCACACACGUCCCUCUUACCAUGCCACUAUUUGCCCUGACACACUUGCCUCCAUUCGCCCUGUCACACUCCCUCAUCAAACCAUGUCAUACUCUCCCUCCCUCAUUCUCUCUCACAACCCCCGACCCUGUCCCAUUUGCCUCCUUCGUUCUGUCACACUCUCCCUGCCACUGGCACCCUUUACUCACUCGCUCACUCAGAGUCACCAGCUGAAGACAUACAUCAUACACACUUUAUUAUUUGGUAAAUGAUUUUUAUAAAAGCCUUUUUGCUCAAAUUAAAUUUUUCUUUUUGUUUCCGAUAACCCAUUCACACCAGUUCUUAUGUAUACACGACUGCUAGGCAAUGCAACCAUAACCCACAAAUGUGUAUAAACAGAUUGGCAUAAUUUCAAAUUACAUUUAUUUAUUGCCAAUUAAUUUUGUUUGCAAAUUAUGCUACAACUACAGCCAGAGAGCUCACAAUGUAGGGGCACAGGAAGCCGUGACACUGCAAGCUUCUGAACAAUGAAUGCAGAGACUGACUCUCUGUAUCCAGAGCUGCAAGCCCGCCUUUCAAUAUAGCGAAUACUCAUUACACACACACAAAAUACAACCCUAUUAUUUUAUACUUUGGGUGUUAGUGGGGCCUCAUGCUUGAAUUUCACCUAAGGCCUAGUAAAGUCUAGAGCAGCCUCUGGUGCCAGGCCCACUUUAAAGUAGAACUAUACAUUGGUGGGUCAUUAAAAUAAAUGCCUAGACCCCUUAGUGCAAUACUCCAUGGUGGCUUCCUUGGUGAGAAGCGGCAGAUAGAUAUUCUUACUUAAAUUUCUUUAAGUAAGUAUAUCAGCCAUUCUUCUAUUGGGCUCUGUCUUCAGCUCCUGACAGCUUCUAGGUGCCUGGGUCACUAUUGUAUUCUUGUGCAUGCACAAAAUUAUAAAACAGGUCAAUGGAAAAUCAUGCAAGAUCGCCAUAGGUCUUGCUCCAGUGCAAGAAAUUGCAUUACUUUGCCUCCUGUAUAGCCUCCGAUUAUGUUGAAAUUAAAAUGAAAUUCCAAUGCAAACCAAUGCCUUUUUGUGUCUUGAUGGGAAAACUCAGAAGUGACAGUGCAACUUUAAAGGAACACAAUAGCGUUAGGAUUACAAACCUGUAUUGCUAAUGCUAUAUUGACCCUUGCUAUAUACAGGUCCUGCCAUUUGCAAAAAGUAUAAUGGAAUACAAGUUUUACUUCCCUUUCACCCUUUUUCUAACAAAACUGCAAUAUUUUACAUUGCAGGUUUAAAAGGACAGGGCCACUGCUUCCACAUCACUUUAUUUAGAUUAAGUGGUCUGGGUGACUUUAGUGCCUCUUUAAGUAAUGAGUGGUGUUUUUUGAUCACUGUUCACAAUCCAUUUAAUGUGUAUACUUUCAUUUCGAGGGGACAGUGUGUUCUUAGUUUGUGUAUGGGUAGGCAGGAUGUCGGACUUCACUGUGCUUUUAAAAAGUAGUUGCAACUAGCUUAUUUUUUGGAGACCAUUUUACUCCUUUUGUGCCCAUGUGUUCUUUGUUAAACAGUCAUUUGUACUGUCUCAUGUGUUUCUCCUGUGAAGAAGUACAUAAUGUGUUGUGUUUUCAAGUAUGCAGUAAUAGAAGCACAGACCUUUUAUUGCAUCUGUAAUAUGACUACUUUUCAACUCCGCUAUAGAGCUUUUAACCAGCCUAGCAUUCCUCAUUACGCAUUCCAGUGUUUUAGGAGAGACAUAUUUAUUGUUAAAUAGGAAUAACUUUGUAUUACUCUGCAUUGUACCACUCACAGCCCAACUGCAACUUCAGCAAAUGGCACAGCAGCAACAGCAGCAGUUUCAGCAACAGCAGGCUGCUUUACAGCAGCAUCAGCAGCAGCAGUUCCAAGCGGCAGCGCAGACAGCCAUGCAACAGCAGCAGUUCCAGGUGGCAGCAGCAGCUGCGGCACAACAGCAACAACAACAGCAGCAGCAGCAACAACAGCAGCAGCAGCAGCAGCAGCAGCAACUGCAGGCAGCUCAGCAGCAGCACAUACUGAAACUGCAAUUGCAACAGCAGAACCAGCAGGUGGGGUGAUUUCACAUUCUUUGUAACUAUCAGAAGUGAGGACUCUUACUAUCAGUGUUGUAGUUAGUUGCAUGUAUGUGCGGUAGAAUAAUACUCCUGUGAUUAGCCACUAGAGGUGCUUCCUGGCUCAGUGCUGCAUAGUAGGCAGCAGUGCCGUUCUGCGUCCUCACGCUCUGCAUGGGGACGCUGAAUUUUCCUCAUAGAGAUGCAUUGAUUUAGUGCAUCUCUAUGAGGAGCUGCUGAUUGGGCAAAACAGCGUUUGCCCCCACCCCCUUGCCGAUUUCAGCCAAUCCAAUGCCUUCCCUAAUGGGAAAGCAUUGGAUUGGCUAAAAAUCGGCAAUACUGAUGUUACCAAUGGGGCAGAGCUAGCGCUGGUGGACCCGCGCGGCACUGGAAAUAAGGUGAGUUUUAAUUGCUUUUAAGGGGCUAAGGCUGGGCAAGCCACCUAAAUGGUGGGUUAAAUACUCUUGGGUCAGGAAUACAUGUUUGUGUUCCUGACCCUAUAGUGCUCCUUUAAACUUCUGUUGCCUGAACCCCAUUAUUAACUGAACCAUGACUACAGAAAGCACAUAGUUCACAAGUGUUGCCAUCUGCCCAAGUGUUCCACGAAUCACCAUCUUCUGCAGCCCAAACCUAAAGGGUUGCUCCAACCACCAUGCCCACUUCAGUGAUUUCAGGUGGUCAUGGUGGUAGGAGUCGGCAUGUGCAGUCUUUCUGUAGUUUUGUAUAGUGUUUUUAUAGGGAACAAAGAUGAGCUCCAUUAGUACGGGAGCAUACUAAAACAAAAAUAAAGCAUAUUUGGUGAACCUACCUUUAUAUUAUUAAUGGAAUUGUCACUUAUACGUUUUGGUGUUAUGUGACAGAUAAGUUACCGGUAACUGCAUUACCACCUAUGAGAGCCUAGCAAAAUGGCAAUAUGAGGAUAUAGAGAGCAAGACUGGGGUACCAAAACUACCUCAAGUAUGUCUUACCACCUGCAAUACUUUGUAAAAUACAGGCAGUUUGCCUGCCAAUCAAAGAGACACGAUUUCUUAUAGAAUUUGGUGUUGCAUAAUCUCAUUGGAGGACCAGAACAUAGUUUUCUGUGGCCUUCCAAAUGAUUAAGAUAAUGUGAAGUUCCAUGCCUGAUAGAAAAGGCCUUUUUACGAGCCAGAGUAGCAAAAUCUUUGCCAACGUUCCACUCGCAAUAAAACGUGGGAUUUUUUUAGGAACUGAAAGAUGGACCAAUUGGGAAUAACAGGUGUAAGCUUACCAGAGCAUCUCUUGCCUAGACUAAUCUUGUGAGCGGGAGAUAAUUGCAGUAUGAAUACCAGUAAUUUUCAGAAUUUGGAGUACCGUAUGUGUUUUAUACGGUACAAGCAAAUUCAAUUUAUAGCUGUGGGAAUGGCUUUUAAUCCGAGAGAUUGUGAGAAGUUAGUGCACUCCUCUGUAAUUCCCAGCCACCUUUUAUUUUCCCACGGAAAGGUCUGGUGUAUAUAGCUGCUGGGUGAAAAGUAGAGCCAAGUUCUAAAACACAAAUCUGGUAUGCCAGCUUAUACACACACAGAGUGCAUAUACAGAGUACAAAAAACUUAGUACAAGGAUGCUAAGUUUAUGGGUGCAUGUGAGCCAGGGCCUGUAGGAGCUGCCAUACUGUACUGGAGUGUUCUGUGGUAUUCUCCAGUUUAAGCCAAAGAGGAUCUGACUGAGAAGAAUCCAGCAUUUGAGCUAGAGCUGCAGCUUUGUAGUACGUCUUUAUAACAGGAAUCCCCGGUCUCCCCACCCUCACCAAAAACACCAAUAGAUCUAUACAGCAUGCAGAGUGUCUGCACCUCCCAAUGUUUUAAGCAAUAAGCCCUUAGAAUUUAUGUAGAACAGUAAUGGGAAAGGAGACUGGUAAAGUACAGUUGGCAAUGCCAUCAUGUUAAUGGCAUUAAUGCGACCAAACAUGAAAGCUUACGUUCGUCCAAAAGUAAAGAAUUCUAGCUUAAAACUACAUGGAUAUGGCACCAUUACAUAUAUAGAGAAUUAGGCUUGCUAAAUGCUUUUUCUGUGUCAAGUGCCAAAAGAGUGCUUAUUCCUGAGUGGAAAGCAUGUCCAUUAAAUAUAUUUCCCAGUCUCCAGGUACAAAAUAUUUCCCAGUCUCCAGGUACAAAACAACACCAGAUGAGAAAAUAUGGGACUUAAGUGUGUGGAUAGCAUCUUUGCAUAUAUCUUAGUAUCUGCAUGAAGCAGAAAAAUUAGUAGAAAAUUUCUGGUAGUGUGAUGAUGUGGACUUCCAACAGUUGCUUUGGGAUAGUACCUGAGGCUCGUAUAUGAUUAUAGAGGUGAAUGAGGUGGGCCACUCAUAUAUGAGCAUAUUUUACAAUUCCUGAAGCUGGCAGGACAGGAGGCCUUGUGGUUUAGGAGAGAUUUUAUAGCUUUCAUGAACUCCUCGUUUGAGAAUACAAAGUAUUCCAACUGUGUAGUCGUCAGAGCAUGUAGGGAAAUCUCUGCCAAUAAAUCUUGAACAUCUGUUGUGUAUCUACUCUUUAAAAACACAUUUAUUCACACAUAGCAAGCUCCAUUCUAUACAUUAACAAACCUAGCACACUCCUUCAACGCAUGUUGAAAAAAAAAUCGGCCUGGAUCUAGCGCAGCAUAAACUUAAUAAAUCAUUGCUUUUAUUGACUAGGUAACCAUUUCUUUUCUUUUUUUUUUUUUUUUAAAUCUUUAUUUUGUUGUGCAUGGUAAUAACUUAGCAGAUCCUACAAUGCCCCAACAGCACAUGCAGGUUCAAGAUUAAACAUAGCAUAGAGAAACAUAACGGUUGAUCAGCAUUUUGAUGAGACUGCACAUUUUAAGGGUGCAUAGGGAGAGAGCAAGUUAUGCUUAACAAUAGUGAGUUAACUAGCAAAACUAAAUGCUUAAAAGUAAGUGUAAGCGAGAUGCCCGUUGGAGUAGUGUAGGUUAGGCUUCAGAUGUGAGUCGGGCAUAAGAUACACGUUGUGUCUCAAGCAAGGCUUAUUAGAAUGUAAUACCACUGGGGGCUAGGUAACCAUUUCUGGUCUUGUAUAUCUAUAUCUUUUUUUGUCCUUGAGUUAAUUGUUGUUUAAAAGUGUUUUUUUUUAUGUCCCCUUAGCAACUACAGCAGCAGCAACAGCAGCAGCAACAGCAGCAACUGAGAUUGGCACAUAUUCAUCAGAUCCAGCAGGCUCAGGUCAUCCAAGCACAGCAGCAGCCACAACAAAUGCAGCAGCAACCACAGCAAGUCAUGCAGAUUCAGCAGAUGCAGCAGCAGCAGCAACAGGUUGCCCAAAAUCAGCAACAGCUGCUUUCCACCCAGUCUCAAGGACAGUCCAUGGUGUCCCCGGUUAUGUCUGUAACACUCACACCACAGCAGCAGCAGCAACAGCAACAGCAGCUCAAAUUAAUGCAGGUAUUUUUUACAGAAAUUUGUUUUUUAAAUGUGGGUGUCAGCGCAGAGAUGUCAUUUUGUGUUAAAGUGUUUGUAAUGACACUUUUAAAGGUUGACCUUCUCAGUGUUCAGUUUCUGCUAUAUUUCUUGUCCACAGACCCGUGUCCAGCAGCAGGCCCUACAGCAGGCUCAGCAGCAGCAGGCGCAGCAGCAGCAAGCGCAGCAGCAGGCUCAGCAGCAAGCGCAGCAGCAGGCUCAGCAGCAGGCGCAGCAGCAGGCUCAACAAGUUGCACAGCAGCAGGCCCAGCAGCAAGCUCAACAACAGGCACAGCUAGCAGCUCAACAGGCAGCCCAGCAACAGGCGGCUCAGCAACAGGCGGCCCAGGCUCAUAUGGCUGCUUCUGGUGGACAGGUAAGUGUAGCUGCUUUGAUUUUUGUUUGGUGCAUGGAUUUCUGAUUUGCAAAAGAAACAAAUAAAGAAGCACUACAGACACGCGGCUUAUGGUGCAUUACAGCACUGUCCUCUAGGUCAUAUAUACUCACAAGUAAUUUCCCUUAGUCUGUAUAUUUGCCGUGGGAAGGAUUAGUAGACUUUAAUCCCCUGAGUGAACAUUUUUUUUGCUUUAACCUCUAGGUGUGUAAAACUUUUUAUAUGGGUCAGGCUUAGCCCUAGAGGAUCUCCUCUUGUGUUACAGUGCUUGUUUAAUUUUGUUUCUUCUACGCUAGUUGAAAAAUGCCUGCUGAUAUUUCAUAUGUUGAUUUAGGUCUUUGUAAUAAUUUACAACUGAUAACCCAGUAUCUUUAAGUAAAAUAAAUUCUAUAGGAGGUUCUAUAAACGACUUUAUACCGUUAAACACGUUGCAUGCAUAAAGAAUACAUACAAAUUGGACAGUGUUUUAAAGUUGGUAGUUUCAGAGAAGAUGUCUGUUGUUCUAUUCAGGAUGACAAAUUCAUCUAAUCCAACUAGCAGGUCAGGUUAAACAGUGCUGCAUCUGGAGAUUAACAGACUGGAUUUUUGUUACAGUUUUUUCCUUUUCUUGAAGGAGCAAUAUAUGCAUUAUAACCUCCACGGGCCAGUGUAGUGAUUAUGGUGGCCAGAGUGUGGGUGACAAUAAAAUAACAAUGGAGCAUGACAAACUGUUUGGAAAUGGUUCUCCCGCACUCAGACCACACGAAUGGUGCAGAAUUUACACUUCUUCAUUAGCAAUGUCACUUUUUUUAUAAUCUGGAUGGAAGUGAUUGACUAGAUGGGGGCAGGUUAGUCCAGCACUCUCAACCUAUCACUGUUGCCUAGGAUAGGUGGAAUUGACAUUGAUAGUUUUGCAUAAUCAGUGUGACUGAAAAGAGGUCUCUGGGUUCUGAGUAGAGCCUAAUUUUAUGAAACUGGUUCCAAACAAAAAAGGCUUGUCCCGCCUCCAUGGCCGAGAUCAUUAAUCUUUAUGAUCUCAGCUAAGCCAAUUCUUUCCCAUAGGAAAGCCUUAUGAGGAUACUGCGCGCAUGUUCACUAUGGGUAACAUUUAGCACCUCCAAGCAGAGCGUGGAGAUGCUUAACAUAGGUGCUGCACGCUGACACAGGAGACCCGAGUGGCCGUCUGAGUGUUAAUAGGCAGCAGUGUAAACACUGCCUUUUCUCUGAAGGCUAUAGGGACAGGCUAUAGACAUCAGAACAACUACAUAAUCUGUAGUGGUUCUGGUGACUAUAGUGUCCCUUUAAGAACUGCUUUUUUAUCAUUGAAAAUUAAACUGGCUCCUAACUUUUUCAGCUGGCCCCUAAAUUCCAAACAAAUUUGUCAAGCCCUGCUUUAACUGUUAUAGCACCAUAUGAGGUAGUGACCUUGACAGUACUUUUUGUUUCAGUUCUGUUUUAAUUUUUGGGUUUAUUUAGUAAACCUAGAAUUGAUGAGAAUUAAAAUUUUUAGACCAAAGUAACUAAAAGGGACACUAUAGGUUUAGGAAUGCAAACCUGUAUUCAUAAUGCUAUAGUACCCGUGUCCCAAGUAAAUACAGGUUCCUUUUUUUUUUUUUUUUUUUACCAGCAGUGAGACUCCGUCAGCGCUACUUACCACUUCUCGUUCCUUGACAUCCUCGAGGAUGCAUGGCCUCCUCUGCGGUGGUCCAAUCCAGUGCUCCUCAUAGAGGUGCAUUAUGGACCUGAUGCACGUGCAUUCAAGGUUUUUUUGGGGGGCGGUUUUCAGGAAAGUAUUGUAUUUACAGCUUUCCUAUGGACCUCUAGGGUCUGUAAUCAUUACAUACACUAGAGCAGGGUUACCCAAAAGGUAGAUCCACAGAUGUUUUAAAACUACAGCUCCCCUGAUGCUUUGUCAUUCUAAAGGCAUGCAAAGUAUCAAGGGAGCUGUAGUUCUACAACAUCUGAGCAUCUACUUUUUGGGCACCCCUGCACUAAAUUAACACUGCUUCUAAAGGCUUCUAAAAAAUUGCAGUGUUUUACAUUGCAGGAUUAAAAGGACAGUGCAAUUACACUGCAUUGAGAUUACAUGAUCUGGAUGACUAUAUUGUCUCUUUAAUAAAAAUAUUUCCAACUGACAAAUCAUUCAGCUUUGGUACUUUGGCCAAAAAUGCGUAAUUGCUUUCACUUUUUUGCUGUAAUUCCUGGUUUGGUGAGUAAUCCAUUAUGACUUCUGGUUUUGUGGCAUAAUCAUUACAAUAACAUUGUCUUAUAUGGUUGAUCUGCUAGAAUUUGACUUUUCAUAUGUUGAAAUGGGAAUGCCUUAAAAGUGAUUAGCAUUUGUCUGAAUUAGCAGUUUUCAAACUAAAUGUGUUUUUUUUUUUUUUUUGGUAAAUAUAGUUUUUAUUGAAAGAGAAACAUUUAUUAUGAAGACAACACUACAUGUUAGUUUGAGAUAUGCAGGUCCAACACAAUUCAAACUCAGUAAUACAACCAUUAAGGAACAAACUAUUUGGAUGGAAACGAUAUCGGAACAUCGUUGGUUAGGUUAUCUGAUGCUAUUGCACCUCAUUUAGAACUCAAUAUCGAAGAUCACUCCAUCUUCUUGAAUCAUCUUGUUUAUUGUGUUCUUUUAACAUUUUUUUGCUGUUUUCCAUAACCAUUGUUUCUUCAGUCACUCACAAACAUAUUGGUUCUGACAGCAGCAUUAAACCCCAACCAUUUGUUCAUAUAACAAUUUGAAGACUCUGAGAUUUACAACUGUCAGUGCUACAGAGGAUGUCGGCUUUUUACUCCGUACAUGUAUAACAUGUACGGAAAACUUUUGGAAUUUACGAUCAUUCCAGAAAGGCUGUAUAGGGGCUGCCCAAAAGGUAGAUUCCCAGAUGUUUUAAAAUGGCAACUUCCAUCGUGCUUCAUCGUUCUAAAGGCAUGCAAAGUCUAAAGGGAGCUGUAGUUCUACAACAUCCUGGGGAUAUACCCUUUGGGCACCCCUGGGCUAGAUUAUUAAAAGCGUAUGCUGUAAAAUUACCUGAUUUUAAAAGGUGUUAAAACCACCAGCAUAAAAGUACCUAGCUCUAUAGAAAUUGUACAGGUAUGACUUAAGGAAUAAGUUGGAAAACGUUAGUGAGUUAUAUGCUGCUCUGCCCAUUUGCUGUGAUCUGCAAACUAUUGGUGCUGAUAUGUUAUGCUUGAGGUGCUGACUUGUCUUCGGUAGUUUGUACUACUUGUCUUGCUCCCCAGGCCCCUUACAGUUGUGGCAUUGCAUGUGCUCCUUCCCUCCCCCUCCACAAUUGCAUUUCAUGUUUUUACUUUUUGUCUGUGUACCUCUGUCCUCCAAAGAUGUUCACCGCAGCUGUGGCUCGAGGUGGGAUGCCAGUAAGACCCAGGUUCCCGCCCACCACGACUCCAUCUGUCACGUCUCCAGGUUCCACUCCUUUGGGAGGACAGCAGAUCCCACAGGUAUUGACUGACUUACGGGUGCCAGAGUUGUGACAUGGUCUGUUAGUAAGCUACCAUCCUGCAGGUUCUAACCGAGCACAAAUGCUUCUGUGGGGCAACCAUAACCUGCUUCUCUGACCCUGUCAAGAAUGUCAUGUCUGUCUGGAUAAAAGAAACACUUCAUUUUUAAGGGUUGUUCUCAAUAGUUAAUAAAGUGUGGUGUUUGCUUUGUCUUACAAACUUAAACUAAGCUUUAGUGCUAUUUAAGUACUGAAUGUGGAAGUCAUAUUGUUAUUUUCAAAGGGAUUCUACACAGAAUUCUAAAAUGUUAAACACAAACUUUAAUAUUUGUGUACACAUUUGUAAGAUAACAUUAACACCAUAAUAUUGUAGUUAAGAACAUAUUUCUAUGUAACUUUUACACAAAGUGUUCUUACUGAAGUGUUUUAUAGGUGGUUGAAGUGGAGGUAAAUAUAAAAUGUGAUUGUCUCUUGUGGUCUUCAGUAUAAUAUUGUAAAGCGCUGCGGAAUUAGUUGGCGCUAUCUGAAUGCCAAUAAUAAUAAUUGGUGCUGCCAUUUUAUAAUGAUAUAUUCGAUGCCAAUGACUCUCUGCAUAUGUGCAGACUUGGGUUGUAUGCAGUGAAAUAGGAGAUAUUGGGAAUUUUGAAAUGGAUGCCAGGCUGCACCAGAAGGACCUUGCAUUUUAUACAAAUCCAAUUUUAUGCUAUUAAUUAUUAUAACUGUACUAACUUUUACUCUACUCUUGACAGAGUUCUCUCAUGGAAAUGACAUUUCAUUUUUAAGGUGCAUAUGUAGAGGGAAUGGCCUGAUGUUAUGUUCCUGUCUUAUGAAUAUUUGUUUUCUAGAGGGAUUUGCUUUACCUUGGAAAACAAUUAAGACUGUGUUUGAUUUAUAUAUAGCAUUUACAGUAAGUCAUUAAUAUAUAUGUGAUGGUCAUGGAAUUACCCCUUCUUGUGCCAUGAUGCCUGCAGUCUGGCGGCUGUUAUUAUUCUUGCCUGAACAUUGUCGGUGCUCCAUGGUUUUAACCCCAGUAUUCUCAUAGGUGUUUUUUUUUCAGAUGAGAAUACUUGAUUUCAGAUCGAGUUUUUUCCUCUGAUUUCUUAAUGCAAGAUCCAAAUCAACACUAAAAGGGAAGGCUUCAGUGGCAAAUGCAUAAGCAAUGAUUCCCAUUUCCUUUACAUAUAUAGCUGAACUUGGCACAGUGAGGUACCUUUUAUAUAAUGUUUUUUAUUAAAAGGAUACUCUAACCACCAAACCAACUUUCGUUUGAUGAAGCAGUUUUGCUGUAUAGAUCAUUGUACUGCAGUAUCACUGCUUAAUUCUCUGUCAUUUAGAAGGUAUAUCAUCACUUUAUCCCUUUAUCAUCACCUCGCCUGGCUCACACAGCCUACAUGAAAAUCAUGGUUUACGUUUCAAUCGGAUAUGACAGCACAAUGUGUUUACUUUAGAAGUUAUCUCCUGCUCACAAGCAGCAAGCUCUUGCACGUUAAUAACAGAGCAGGAGAUGAGCACUUGUAAAUUUAAAAGACUUUUAAAUAUUAGAUCUCAUAUUACAGUGAGACUCUGUGGGUCACAUGUAGGGAAGGCAUGGCUAUGGCUGCUUAAACAAAGUUAAUUAACUCAUAAAUGUCAGGGAAUGGAGCAGAGUCAUGUUCUACACACCAAAACCACUCCAUUAAGAUACAGUUGAUUUGGUAAUAAUACUCUUUUUUAAAAAGAUAACUGACCCUUCAAAGCAGACCUGACAGGUGCAGCAGAAAUAUAAUAUUUUCAUCUAGCAAAACCAUAGUUAAUUUUAUCUGUAAUAACCAGCUGACUUUUUCUGUGUUAAGAUGGUCAUCUGGGACUGGCAUUACUGCUUUCCACUCACAGUCAUAGUUUUUGAUUUCAAUAAGAAAAAUUGUAGCUGUGAGCAUGUGACAUCAGCAGCCAGUCAGAGCCUUAGAUUCUAACAUGUGACCUGAUUUACAAACAGAAUUCCUCAGUGCAGAGAAUAUGGAGCCGUUGUUUGAGCUGCGUCGUGAUAUACACAUACAAAAGGCUGUGCUAGCUGCAACCUUUAUUUCAAUUUAUUUUAACUCUUAUUAGUGAGGAGACUGCAUGUUUCUGACCUGGCUAAAGUAACAAGAUGUGUAGUACAAACAAAUAGUAGAAGUUAUUAGCAAAACAUAAUCCCUAUUGCAACCUGCAUGAAGGGAAAAUCUACAUUUGUAUUUAUCUUAAACAAGAAACAAACGGGCAAUAUAGGUGUAAGGCUUUAUCAGACCAUUCUCAUUUAACAUCUCCUGUCAUUCCAAUUACAUUUAUGCUCUUUGCCAGAUCAUUUUCAAAUGCUUUAGGAUAGCAUCUCCCCUCAUGUCAUCUUUUGGAACAUUUAAUGCCCCUGGAAUUUGUCGUCUUAUCCACCUGUUCAUCAGUAGCUGUUUAUGAAUGUGUGAUCUGGUUAUGUUAAAGCUCCGUGUUGAUGUUUGAGAUCCCAUGUACAGGUGGUUUACAGCAGAUAUAUCAAUUGACAGAAAUAGUAUGUUGUGCAGUAGUAGGAGGAAACUGAAUCAUGUACCCAAGCUCUAUGUCUAACUGUUUUUCCGCUUUAUCAAUCAGUUUCCCUCAACCCCCUGCUUGGACUUUCUAUUCACUUGCAAAGUAUCUGUUUAUUUCAGGUUGCUCAGAGCAGCAUAUCCUUAAUGUCUUCACCAUCUCCGGUACAGCAAGUGCAAACUCCACAAUCAAUGCCACCACCCCCCCAGCCAUCCCCACAGCCUUCACAACCCAUGUCACAACCAAACUCCAAUGUCAGGUAAGCAGUGCCUUUUCUUAAUGGAAAAGGAUAGUAAAAGGAAAACUUUGAAUUGAGGUCCCCAUUGUUGAUAGCACUGUUGCUUGUAGGGUAACCAUCUUUUACACGGGCUUAUUAGUAUUUAAUGUUUAAAUACACAUGUAAUUUGAAAUGUCACAAUGUGUGAAUAAACAAUAGAAGAAAAGACUAGGCAUAGGUCUAAAGUGCAGGCAGUUUAUUGCAGGAAGGCCAGCAUCGUUUCGACUCAUGAUAGAUCCUUUAUCAAGCUUUAUAUGUCUGGAGCCGAAACAUUGCGUCUUUCAUCCAAUAAUUUGGCCUGUGCUUUAGACCUGUGCCCAGUCUUUUGUUCUAUUGUUUGCUACUAUUGUUGAAUUUGGUAACCUCUGGACUGGAGACACGGUUGCUGUCUCUAAAUGUAUGCCUGCCUGACAUUAUUUUCAGAUUGGUGCUUUCUACAGACUUUCACCCAUCAGCAUACCUGGAGUGUUGCCCGCUGUCUUUUGGUGUUCGCAGUAUUUAAAGGGAUACAGUAGGCAUCAAAACAGCUUUAACUUAAUAAAGUAGUUUUGGUGUAUAGAUCAUGUCCUGGCAGUCUCACUGUUCAAGUCUCUGCAUUUAGGAGUUACAUCACUUGUUUCUGUUUAUGCUGUGCCAGCCACACUUUGCCUGGCUGAAAUAAAAUGGUUUAAUUUUCAAUCAGAUGUAGCUUGCUUUAGAAGUUACCAGCUCCUGCUCUACAAAUUGAACUUAUAUCACAAACAAGAUGCUUCUACAGGUUCUAGAAGGCUAUCUACAUAGCAGGAUAUAUGAAAUUCUAUAUUACACAGAUUGUGCAAUAAUGGCAUCUAAAUUACAUAGAGUCCUUUUGAAAGGUGUUUAGGGAGGCUUUGCAAAUCACAUGCAUGGAGGUGUGACUAGGAUUGUAUAAACAAAGUGAUUUAACUCCUAAAUCGCAGAUAAUUGAGCAGUUAGAUUGCAGAAACCUGAUCUUUACACCAAAACCGCUCCAUUAAGAUAAAGCUUUUUUUGGUGCCUAUAGCAUCCCUUUAAGCCUUAAGAGUGAGGAAGAUGGGUCUAUUCCUUACUGUACUUUUAUUUUUCUGCUUUCCCCCUAAAAUCAACCUUCUGGGUUUAUGUGCUAUCUUCUGCAGCUCCGGUCCAGCACCUUCGCCAAGCAGCUUUAUGCCUAGUCCAUCCCCUCAGCCAUCCCAAAGCCCAGCAUCGGCUCGCACACCUCAGGCUUUCAGUGUCUCCUCACCAGGACCUCUAAAUACCCCAGGUAAGAGGUAUAGCCUUGCUCCAGUAAAAGCUGUAGAAUAUUGGGUGCUGCUCUGUGUUUCUGUACUCUAGAUACCCUAAUCUCUCUCUCUCUCCUUCAAUGGCACAGGAAAUCCAAAUUCUGUGAUGAGUCCUGCAAGCUCCAGCCAGUCAGAGGAACAGCAAUACUUGGAAAAGCUAAAGCAGCUUUCAAAGUAUAUAGAGCCAUUGAGACGGAUGAUUAACAAGAUUGAUAAGAAUGAAGGUGAGUUUCAGGUCACUUUGGGCCACACUUAUGAGAGUUCUGAGCCUACCCUGGGCUGCCUCUUUAAUGUCUUAUAAUUGAAAAGUUAGAUUUAAUAGACCACAAGGGGAAGCUGGCCAAAAAUGGCCUUUGGUCAGACAACUUGCAGUGCUAUUUUGAUUGUUUCUUGUGUCUCAGUGCUUGUUGUUGUGCUAGGAAUUAUAACCACUUUAAACUAUAUAUAUAUGAGCGAGAAAUUGAAAUUCCAGCACUCCAACUAUAUAUAUAUUAAUAUUGCCUGGUGCCCAGUCAAAAUGCAAUAUACAAAAAUGAAAAUAAUACCGGCACUCUAGGUCUCCCAAAGAUUGUUGGUUUAUUGUAAAUCAAUCCAGAGGGUCAACGUUUCAGCUUCCUGAUGAAAGCUCCAAACGGGAGCUGAAACGUUGACCCUCUGGAUUGAUUUACAAUAAACCAACGAUCUUUGGGAGACCUAGAGUGCCGGUAUUAUUUUCAUUUUUUUAUAUAUAUAUAUAUAUAUAUAUAUAUAUAUAUAUACAUAUAUAUACACACACACAAAUGGAUGGACUUUUUGUUAAUACUACUAGAUUGUAAGAAACCAUGUUCCUUCAUUUGUAUUCAUGCAUGCCCUGUCUUGUAGUUAACUAUAUCUGGAAUCCUAUUAUCAUAGAAACACUGUGUUUUCUAUUGUUUAAAAUGUUGUUGACUUAUUUUUUUUAAUUCUUUAUUUAUAUUGUGCAAGUUAUAACAACAAAGCUUUGUAGGCCACGACAGCACUUCCAAGCAGAGAAAUAGGUUUAAGAAGCAUAGUCAUGGCAUUCGAUUAGACAGCACAUUUUUGUAUUGUAAAAUGCAAGAAAAGGUCUAUUCUGGUAGAAAAGGUGUAGACUGUAGUGUGCUCUGACAGACAUUUUGAGUAGAACACAAGUUUUAGAGGAGGAAUUGGAAGUAGAGAAAACGAGUAGGCUCCCCAGACUGACUAUUCAUGUAACAAUAAGUUUGUUUACGCUAGGCACGGUUAUAAACAUAAUCUACAGAGUUUAGAUAUUAGCACAACAUUAGCUAAUAAUUGUAGAUAUUUUGUUAAGUGGAAGCAAGAUUAUGAGUGUCUCAAUAUGCAUAUGCCUAUCAUGGCAAAAAAGGGUUAAAACAAAAAUAGAUGACAACAUAACAUAUAACAUAGUCAGCCAGGUAAGCCAAGGUGUCUGGUAUAGUCCACUGGUGCCCUGCAAGGUGGGUCAUCUGGUCUGGCAGCCUGAUAUUGAUGGGGUAUCCACGCAGGCAGAUCCGCUGUGGGAUUAGAAGCCCCCUCCGUGCUGUGUGCUCUGGGUACCCUGCCGCUGCUGGUUCCUCGUGGCCAUCAGUGGGGAUCCUGUACAAGCUAAUCUUAAGGCCCUGGAGGGCAAUCGCGGCAGCCAAGCUUCAUUCGUGAGUAGGUAGACAGGGACUUCCAAGAUGGGACUUCACUUGUGUUCAGGCUUGUGAUUCGUAGGUAGGAGUUAUGCUCAGCAAGCUGUUUCCGCAUGCGGGCAGGCAAAGCUAUGUUGCGUGGUAUUGGUCGCAUUGCCGCCAUUUUGGUGCCCAGGCGCGUGAUACACAGUGCCAGGUAGGCUGGAUGGUGGGCCAGUGGAAGGUGGUAUUUUCCUCCAGUGGGGACCGGGAUAACCCCCCGGUCCAUGGGGGGGAAGCGGGACCCGCGAGGCGCAUCGCACGGCCGUUGCAUGGCAGCCAGGUUUGCAAACAGGACGGCGGCCAUCCGCCCCGCUCUUCACCCUCAUAGGCCACAGACCCCGAAGCCUCAUAUCGCCCACAGGGGCUCCGAAACUCCCGAUCUCGGGGACCGCGGUGGCUCCAGCAACUGCCCGGAUACCUGAGAACUUUUGGGCACUAGUAUUGCUGUGUUGCUUGGAUCUUGUGCCAAAGGGGACCCAAUUUUGUCAGGAGCCUCUCCAACCCACGACCGGUCAGCAUGGCGGUCGGGCCCCGCCCCCCGUUGUUGACUUAUUUUACUCCAUAUAACUAGGUAGUUCAUCCUGGUAUUUGUAUAGUCUAAAAUACCUAAUAAACUUCAAAUUUGGGUAAAGCAAAUCUAUAUAAAUACAAUAUUUAAAUUUUGAAACCCUAUUCUAUAGUCUUCAUGUGUUUUAGGGCUCAAUGCACUAUGUUUGUCCUUUGGAUUUUAGAAAGAAAGAAAGAUCUUAGCAAGAUGAAGAGUCUUCUGGAUAUUCUCACAGAUCCUUCCAAGCGGUAUGAAUCUGUCCUGUGGGUUUACUUUCAAUAUAUGUUGCGGACUGUCCUCUAACUCACAUUCUGUUCUUCUCACAGGUGUCCUUUAAAGACCUUGCAAAAGUGUGAGAUUGCUCUGGAGAAGCUGAAGAAUGACAUGGCUGUGGUGAGACGCCUUCACAUUUAAUUUUCUUGGAGACCCUGGGAGCUUUUCAUGUUGUAUGAGAACAUAUAAGUACAUGCAGAGUGGGAAAAGACUUUGAAGAUCUGGGAAGCUUUUGCAAAAACAUUUCUGCUAAAAAAGUCUUAGACAAAGCAUGGGCAGACAUGUCAAAACUGUUUUCCUAGAUUUUUUUUUUCUUGUCUACCUAUUUUACAGCAAUGUAUAAUAUGUUGGCAAUACAUAAAUAAUUAUAAAGCAUCUGGAUCUGCUUGAAUUGAUAUAAUUUAUGUAAAAGCAGAAAAUAAUGUCUCAUGCUCCCUUGCAAAGUGCACCUUGUAUGGGUUUUGAAGAGCACCUUUUUUGUAAUAUGUAGUGGAAUUAUAGUGUGCUCAGUCCUAUGAAUGGAGCUUGCCUGUGCAAAGCUGUAAAACCAGUGGAGGGAAUAGUGUAUGUAGAUGUAUCAGUCAUGUAAUUUUUUAAAUAACAGAGUUCUUCAUUAAAAUAUAAAUGGUCUGGAGUUUAAGUGCAUUUAAAAUUUUGGUUCAAAAUAACCUAACUCGGAAAAUCAUAGCCACUUAAUAUUUUCAAUUUGACUGUUCUGGCCUGUAAUUUAGAAUGAUAGGAAAUGUGGGUUUAAAAUGCCAAUUUCACACAAGUUGGAUGCUAAUUUGGCUGGUAACUAUAAGUUUGUAUUAUUUGUGUGCACACUUUUUUAGCCAACACCACCGCCACCCACAGUUCCUUCGACUAAGCAACAAUAUCUCUGCCAGCCACUCUUGGACGCUGUCCUGGCUAAUAUUCGAUCACCAGUAUUCAACCAUUCCCUGUAUCGAACCUUUAUGCCAGCAAUGACUGCUAUUCAUGGACAGCCAAUAACGUGAGUCCUUGCCACAGUUACUCUUUUCAUUAAACAUGCUGUCUUUGCUUUUGGUGUUAAGCCAUGGUUGAACAGUGUAACGCAGAAGUUCUGUCCCAGAUGUAAAUCAUGCCACGUUCUCACUCUUUUCUUGACCACUAGAACACUAUAAGGUAAGACAGUAUCUGGAUACUCCUGGCCACAUAAUAAUUUCAUCGAGCUGAAGUUGUGUGGCUGGAGUGUUCCUUUAAAUAUGAACAUUUAACUAUCUUGUUACUACAGUAGAUAACAGUUUGGAAUUGUUGCACACACAUUUGUUAGCUUACUUUGUCUUAGUUGUCAUCUGUUUGUAGACUUUCAGAGUAAGAGGCCAAUGAGCACAAACAGAUGCAUACAUACAUAGAAAGACUGUUGCACCAAGACACAGGGUUUGAAUUCAUAAAAAUUCUCUGUUUACAUAUUUGUGAAGUCACUUAUAUUGCAAUUUCAGGAACAAACCCUAUCAGGCUUAUUGACUAAAGUGAGAAUUCAAAGUGAAUUUCCAUUUUAAGGCCAAAAUAGCUUAACUGAAAUCAUAGUUAAUGUUUUCGGGUCAGCUAUUUUUUUUUUAACCUUUAAUUCACUUUUAAUUCUCACUUUAGUGUUUGCUCUGACAAGAUCCACUGAAAGCUUGCAGAGCUACUCAGCUCAGUGGAAACUAUCAAGAAUGUCUGAUUCAGGGAAUGCCCAUAGCCUAAUUUGCUUUUGUAAAGACUUGAUUGCAAUCAGUUUGUCUUUGAGUGAUUUUGGUUAGUUUUUUGUGUGCCUAGUACCGUAUUUUUCGCUCCAUAAGACACACCUCACCAUAAGACGCACCUAGUUUUUAGAGGAGGAAACCCAGAAAAAAAAAUAUUCUGAACAAACUGUUCCAUAGUGUUUCUUACUAUGGGACAGUUUGUUCAGAAUAUUUUUUUUUCUCCCCUGUCCCAUAAUGAUCUUUAACCCCCCUUUCCUCUGUCCCAUAGUGAUUGUUAACCCCUCCUCCCCUGUCCCAUAGUGUUCUUUAACCCCUCCUCCCCUGUCCCAUAGUGUCCCAUAGUGUUCUUUAACCCCUCCUCCCCUUGUCCAUUAGUGUUCUGAUCCCAUAGUGUCCCCCCCUCCCAUUGUCCCAUAGUGCACUUUCCCUCCCAUAGUGUCCCCCCCUGCCCUUGUCCCAUAGUGUCUCCCCCUCCCCUUGUCCCAUAGUGUCCCCCCUCCCCUUGUCCCAUAGUGUCCCCCCCUCCCCUUGUCCCAUAGUGUCUCCCCUCCCUUUCUCCCAUAGUGUCCCCCUCCCCUUGUCCCAUAGUGUCUCCCCCCCUCCCCUUGUCCCAUAGUGUCUCCCCCUCCCCUUGUCCCAUAGUCUCCUCCCCUCCCUUUCUCCCAUAGUGUCCCUCCCCUUGUCCCAUAGUGUCUCCCCCUCCCCUUGUCCCAUAAUUACUUACCUGUCUUGGAGCGUGGGCCGGCUUCACAGCGCGCUCCGCGGUCCAGGAACUUCUAUUUCAGGUUCCGGUUUCCGGCGGGACUGAAAGGAAGUGUGCACACUUCCUUUCAGUCCCGCCGGAAACCGGAACCUGAAAUAGAAGUUCCUGGACCGCGGGGCGCGCUGUGAAGCCGGCCCACGCUCCAAGACAGGUAAGUAAAGCUUUACAUUCGCUCCAUAAGACGCACAGACAUUUUCCCUCACUUUUGAGGGGAAAAAAAGUGCGUCUUAUGGAGCGAAAAAUACGGUACAAAACCUAGUUGGGAAAGGGGGUUUAACUAGUAUGAGUGGAAUUAUCCAGAUGUUUGCUGCAUUAAUGUAGAAAUCUGAUUGUUCAAAGUAAUAAAACAUUCACACCAGGAUUCCAAAGGUCUGAGUAGGCAAUUUAGUAUUUAACCUUUAAUUGUUCUUAGUGUAGUUUAGAUGUGGCAUACCUUUACUUUGUGCUUUAAAUUAUGCAGGUUUGUCCUUACAUGUUAUACAUACUAGUUAAUUUACCUCUGCAGUGCAGCAAUGGAUCAGCAAGCUUUAUUUCAAUAUAUUCAUCUUUUCUUUACAAUGUAUUUUGGGGUUAAGGCCCACAGUAUAUAUGCAGUGUGACAUUUUUAAAAUGACCACAAAAUUAAACUUCUAACAUAAUAUGGUUCUCGCUGUUUCGUAGAGCCCAAACUGUUACACCUCGGAAGAGGAAGUUUGAUGAAGAUGAAAGACAAAGUAUACCAAACGUACUUCAAGGGGAGGUUGCCAAACUGCACUCUAAGUUUUUGGUGAAUCUUGACCCUUCCCACUGUAGUAACAAUGGAACUGUACAUCUUAUAUGCAAGUUGGGUGAGUCACCGAUAUUUCCCACUGUCUCCUCUUGGUGCUAUGUACAUCUUCAAUGGACAGUCCACACACAGAUUGUCCAGGAUCAUAUUUGAAUUAUCCAAAGAAAGUCAUCCUCUGCUGCACUUCAGUGCUACUCGUAUCUCAAUAAUUGAAAAGAAAAAAUGAUAAGGCACCUAGUGGAAAGAUGGCACACAGAAGUUAUGUGGAACUUCCCUAAGAAACCUAAUGUAUCAUGGAGCGAUGACAUUGCCAACACAAUGAAAUGCAGCAGAAAUAUUUUAAAGUCUGCUGCACCUCUUACCCCUGUGAAUAUUUCAAUGUUUACUAGCGUGAAGGAUUUAGGAACGAUCAUUUUUAGAGAAUUUCCAGCCCAGUGUAGUUUAGCCUCUGUACUUUUGAUAAAAUAAAGUGUCCCAUGCCAGUUUUAAAUAUAUUUAUUUCAUAUUCUCUAGAUGAUAAAAACCUACCAAGUGUCCCACCAUUGCAGCUUAGCGUCCCGGCUGAUUAUCCAGAACAGAGUCCUCUGUGGAUGGACAACCCACGACAAUAUGGUAACUAAUGACUAUUAUAAGUUUUCAUAAUCAUUAACAACUGUAAUGAAGUCCUUAAGUAUGACACGAAUAGUCCAACGUACAAUAUAGAUGUAACUAAAUGUUUCCAAACUGGGAAAUAUGCCAUUCAAUGUUUAUCAUGAAAAAAGAGACUUUUAGAGGUCAUGGACAGAUUUGUUACUUAACAGCAUUAUAUCUAAAAGCAUGGAAGCAUAGCCAGGCCUGCACGUUAAUUUAAUAGUUGUAUGCUUUUUUUUUUUUUCUAGAAGCGAAUCCAUUCCUGCAGUCUGUUUAUCGUUACAUGACCUCCAAACUCCUCCAGCUCCCUGACAAGCACUCUCUCACAGCACUAUUAAACACCUGGGCCCAGAGCAUACGCCAGGCAUGCCUGUCUGCUGCAUAGAGAUUGAAUAACUUUCAUCACAAAAAAAAAAAGAAAAAAAUGAAUCCAGUGUGGAAUGGAGUCUUCAAAUGCCUUAUAUUUUUUUUGGGGUCCAAUAUAUUUAGAAGCACGUGAGGACUGCCCUAACCACGAAGAACUAUGUUUAUCAGCUGUCACUUUUAAAACCUGGCCUGCGCUUAUCCAUGAAUACAUUUGUACUCCAUUCAGAUAGCACUAAUGUUCUAGGAUGGUUCCUGUGAUGGAAUCGAGGCAAGACUGACUGAAAAUGUGACGCCUUAUUCCAUUUCUCCUCGUUAGCAUGGCUGAGAGAAUAUUUAAAUAGUACUCAAGGGUGAAUUCUGCUUUCUCUUACGGUGGUGAUUGCUAAAUCCUGGUGCACAUAGCAUCAGUAUCGCAUGUAUUCAAAAUGUAACACUUAUUGUAUCAGGCAACAUUUGCAUAGGAGUGAAUUUUAAUUGCCAAUUGGUUUAUUAAAAUACAUGGAAAAUUGUCUCCAGGGAAUGCUAUACUUAUUGGAAUAACUAUUACUGCUGCUGCACUUUCCAAAUGAAAGAUAUCCUGGUUUAUUGCCCUAGAGAACAGCUGUGCGUUCCCUGUAAACAGUGUUCUUAUGAAGACAUUCAGCUAAACGAUUUGUUGCUUCCAUUCCCUCAAAACCAAAGGUUUUAUUUACUAAACAAGGAAUUGAAAACGGAUUUUAAAAAUGCAGGCCACUUUAUCAGAAUUUCUACAACCAAUUUGGCCUGCAUUUUGCCCAGAAUGGCCUCCAGUUAACCACAAUUUAUAGCUGAGCAGAUAAAUAUCUCUUCCUGUGCCCUCCAACUCCCCAAUGAUACUAGAGCUCCCUUUAUGAUAAUGAUUUAAUGUAACACCCACUGAAUGCGGUUUCCUUGAAUAGCUUUUGCUUUCCUCUAUCGAUCAGCAGUGUUGCUCCCCAGAGUUAGACUGAGAGCUGGUAAAAUAGGUUUUUCGAUGCUGGAUGUCGGGAGGUUCACCCUAAGGACAUAAUAAUAGAGUGAGUGAAGGCUUCCAAAUCCAGCUCAAAUGUUACACAACAUGCACAAAAUGGUAUUAAUCUCUGUGUACAAAACACAUGUAACCUGCAUACUGAACCAAAUACUCUGCUAGUAAGACCUUUGGUAAAAAGACAGCAUUAUUGCUUUAUAGGAAGCAGGCAUGUGUACAAAACCUGUUAACUAAGGGCAUAAUGAUAGGAUUUUUGCCACGAUAAAAAAAAGCAAUCUAUUGUAAAUUUUUAUUAAUUCCUGUGUGUUUCAGAGUACUCAAUGGAAUAUAUCUCCCAUAAAUAGUGUGUCCUGAACAUUAUGGCAUGACUAUAACUGUUUGAAUUGCCACGUGGCAGUCGGUUUAUUUUUGCCUAUAUAUACUUAAAGGGACACUAUAGUCACCAAAACAACUUUAGCUUAAUGAAGUAGUUUUGGUGUAUAGAUUAUGCUCCUGCAGUCUCGGUGCUCUAUUUUCUGCCAUUUAGGAGUGAAAUUACUUUGUCUGUGCACCAUAGUGACAUCUCCCUGCAUGUGACUUGCACAGCCUUCCUAAAUACUUUCUGUGAAGAGUCAUCUAAUGUUUAAACUUCAUUGCAAAUUCCGUUUAAUUUAUAAUUUCGUUUCUCCUGGUCUGUUAAUAGCCUUUUAAACCUUGCAGGAGCCUCCUGUAUGUAAUUAAAGUUUAAUUUACAGAGCUGGAGAUUAAAACUUCUAAAGUAAGUUAACAUCUGAUUGAAAGUGAAACCAUUUUGUUUUCAUACAGACUGUCAAUCACAGCCAGGGGAGGUGUGGAUAAACCUGCAAAAGCAGAAACAAAAGUGAUUUAAUUCCUAAAUGGCAGUGGAUUGAGCAUUAAGACAUCAGAGGCAUAAGUUAUACAUCAAAAACUACUUAAUUAAGCUAAAGUUGUUUUGAUUACUAUAAUGUCCCUUUAAACCAAAACUUUCAUACUUGAUAACACGGCCAGAUUCAGUGCCUGAAUUGGGACACCACUGAGAUGUGUAUUUACGUGCACCCCUCUUCCAUUGAUGGCAGGCUCUUUCUAUGAACCAGUGAUAAGGGAGCAAAUGAGAUGGUGGUGGUGUUGGAAACAAUGCUCACAAUGACGGAGUAGAAAAGGAAAUUGAUAUGCUGAUUUUAUAUAUUGCACUGACUUUAAUAUGGGGUUAAUAUGUUGGUAAAGUUUUUACUUUAAUACAUUUUCUAUAACUUUGGAGCUGUGCUUAUCACCUUUUUUUUAUGCAAAUGGACUUUUGAUACAUUUAAAAGAGGGGGAUGAUGGCGUAUUUUUUUGUUAAAAACUAGCCUCCUGCAAUUCACACAGGGUGUGUUCAUAUUGAAGCCUUAACCCCUGUGUUGUAGUUUAGUAUAUAUAGAAUGUCAGGCUAUGUUUUAACAUACAGUAUGGCUGGGUUAUACAACAUGGGACAAUGUGUAGUUUUUUUUAAUUUAAAAUCUGCAAUAGAGUAUACAUAUACAACUGUGAAAUGUAAUUUACAUAGCCGUUCUAUCAAGUGCAGGAAUUCUUAAAACUUUUUUGCAAUUUGCUGAGGUUGAUGGCUAAAGAUAUGAGAGAUCUGUUAAAGUACAAAACAAAGAACCCUGAAAAUCUUUGGAGGAAUAUUGUAAUUUUUUGUGUCCAUAAGCUUGAGAAAAAGCUUAUUUCAGGAGUGGAAUAUUGUUAUAUGGUUACUUUAAAACAACGAGCCCCUCCCUCCAAGUAUGAUCUGAACCCACUGUACAGCGCAGUGGAAUUUGUUGGUGCUUUAUAAACAAUAAUAAAUUGCACAGAGUAAAAUGUAUAAUGUGUGGCUCCAUGACACUUUUUCAAAUUGCUUUCUGGACCACAUGAGCUGACUUCAAAGAAUAAAAAACAUCCCAUAACGUUGAACCUUUUUCGUAUGACAGGGUCUUACCUUUCAUGGAUCCUUAGUAGUGAUUUAGCCUGGUGUUGGGUCUCUAUGUUCCAAUCAUUGGCCUGAAUAACAUUUUUCAAAAAGGCUUUGAUGUUCAGGAGCUACAAGAGGACAUUGGCAUGAUUACAAACAAUAUAAUCUGUUACUGCUUAAAAUGUGCCCUCUCCACGCUCACCUCUUGUGUCACCUGGUAGUUCGUUUUUCACAGAUCGUGAAUGAUUUUCUUGCACUCUGCCAAUGUGGUUGCUGUAGGUGGGUGUGAUGAAGAAUGGUGGUCUAAAGGUGGGAUCAGAUAAGUAACAGGGAUAUAAGCAGACAUUUUCUUCUGACUCUGAAGAUGACUGUGUGUGUUGUGUCCUGUAGACACUCUUGCAUUUCCCUUCCUAACAAAAAAAAAAAGAUUUAAUGGGGAAACAACAAAGCAUAACAAUGUUAUUGUGCUUCUGUACCUUCAUUGAUCAGAUAGCCUUGGUAAACCCCAACCUAACUGCCCAGUAAACACUCCCACCACAAAUUAAUUUGUUAAGUGUGACCUUUUUUCAUUUUACAAAGUGCAGAUUUCAGUAGACAUUGGUGCAUUUAUAAGUUAAAGGAACACUAUAGUCACUUAAAUUACUUUUAGCUAAAUAAAGC